GGCGUAAAAAAUUAAAGACCGCAUUUGAUAUCGGGAGCCCAAGCCGUAAAGGGAUUAUCGCAGCCAACUCACCAACGAGUAAUACCAAUUCACCCACCAAAGAACCACCAACCCAUUGCUUUCAAUAAGAUCAGCAUUCGGAAAACCACUCCAUCGAGCUACGCCAGAUUGUUGGAUUACACACUUUCAGAUACGUUCCACAUUGUGGUGUGAAUCUGAGUGAAGAUCAGUGCGCUGUAUCUCGUGUGCUAGUGCCAAAUCCAGAGGACAGAAAAUUGAGUGAUUUUUUUCGUGUGAAUUAGCUAGAGUUUAACGGACACUUUUGUGGAUACUUUUUCGUGCGUUGAAAUCGAAUUUGUGCGAAAUAUCUUUUUUGAAAAAUGAUAGGGAAACAAAUUUUCACCCUAACUAUCUUGGUCGGAUGGAUGGCUUGCUGCUAUGCUGCUCCUGCACCAGUUGAGGACGGUAAAUACCAUCCCGAAAAUGAUAAUUCAGGGCGAUAUAUACCAAGCGACGAAGGCAAAUAUGUUCACAAGACUUAUCCAUACGUUCAUGUACACGAUAACCGUGAACUUGGUAUCUACCACCACAUACAUAUACCAUAUGAUGGUGGCUAUGGGCCCUACAACGGAACGAACAUCCCCUACAUUCAUGACGAGCACGGAGCCUAUAGCCAAGAACACGCAGUAAGUACAUUGGAUAUAAAUCCUGACUCAUAUGACAUUCCGAAACCCGAAAUACUACUUGAGUACGGUUUCCCCGAUCAUACUCCCGCACGUAAAAAGCGUUCCAUUGCAACAAACACCAAGCAACAAUCUGUCCUAGCCAUCUUGCCUAUUCACUACAUCACCACUGCCAUCAAUGCCGAUGACGAAAUUGCUGGUGAAUAUGGUCUUGAACCAUCAAAAAUUCUUGUUGAUUCGCAGACAACAACGCGCAGACCAACGCCCACAACCACCGAACGACCACGUAUCCGUUAUCUUGAUGAAGGUAAAUGGAGAAUCAUCCGUCAAGAGGAGCUGAAAAGACAGCACAAAUAUGAUUAUUUGUACCUGACCGAGAACGGUAUCUACGCCGAGGAACAAGCUAAGCUCCGAGAUGACAAAAACCGCGCCACCGGGACCAGCGGCAAAGGUUACUACGAGUACACCGGCGACGAUGGAAAAUUGUACCAGGUCCAUUACACCGUAGGCGAGGAAGGAUUCGUACCCAUGGCAGACCACAUCCCUACUACACCGCCAGCCAUCCAGAGAGCGCUUGAUUACGUUGCAGCCCAAGAACGAGGAUCAGCCCUGCGGCGCUUCUAAACUCUGCUUCCUUCAAAAAUUUCAUCCCCAUCCUCAUUUUUCCUAGAAACUAAGAAAACUUUCCUGCUUGCUUUCAACUCGAGCACAAAAUUCCACCCCCACCAUAUCCUUAUACCCAUUAAGAUACUAUGUCCUUACACUCAGGCAGGGAAGUUUAUCUUAGGACUCGUUGAAAAAUGAAUUUAACCCCGCUUAGAAAAACGUUUGACUCACUGUAUUAAUUAAGGAUAAGCCUAUUUUAUUUUGUGAAACUACUUUAAUCGAAUGAAUUUAUUGUAACAAUAUUGUCGAUAUAGGAAUAAAUUUCUGAUGUGAAAUGAAGACAGUCAUUGCGACUAUUGUAAA